AUGUCCACCAUCACCUUGGGCAUGCUUGUGCCGCUACUGCUCGGCCUCAACAUGUCCUGGAGUGCCAUUAGCGCCGCCCUCACGCUCAUCUUCCUCGACUUUAAGGACGCUCGCCCCUGCCUCGAGAAGCUGUGGGUUAAUGUUGGUGGUUUUGUUCUACUUGGAUGCAUUGGUACCCAUCAUCGAGCGAACGGAUGCAACAGCGGCAAGAAGCUCAUGGCUGUGUGCAUCUAA